GUUUCACUUCCAACCGUUAAUACCAAAUAACCUCCAAUUUUCCCCUGCCUCCCAACCAUCUCUCACGAAGGGCACAAAAGCAGAGCAAUGGCGGAGGCAAUUAGAUCCCCUCCUCCCCUUCCUCUCCAUUUCCCACAUUCCAACAUUUCCAUCGCCGCCGGUCUCCGAUCACCAGGUGCUGGAAAAUGGCAAGGGCGGUAGUAAUUAUCUUCUACGCCCUUCUAAUUACUGGCGCCGUCGCUCUCCUCUGUUCCUCCACCCCGCCGCGGCAUCCGUCGACGACGGCAGGGGCAGGGGUCCAUCGCCGCCUCGGGUACAAGCUGCCGGCCCUCAAUUUCGACCCGCUCGUGGAGAAAAUGCAGCGCGCGGCGGACGAGGAGGAGCAGCGGCCGUCGGCGAAUCAGGAGUACUUCGGGGAGGAAGGGAGGUUCAACAUAACGAAGAGGCUGAUGCGGCUGUUCCCGUCGCUGGACAAGUCGCCGUCCGAUGGCAAGAUCAGCUUCUCGGAGAUGGAGGAUUGGAACGUGGCGCAGGGCGCCGAUCGGCUGGCGUACCGGACGCAGAAGGAGUUGCUGUCCCUUGAUCGGGACGGCGACGGCGCCGUCAGCUUCCACGAGUACUUCCCUCAAUUUUCCACAUUGGACCUAGCGAAAAAUGAGAUGGGUCACGGUCAAGCCGGAUGGUGGAUGGAGUUGUUCAAACUUGCAGAUGUGAACGGAAAUGGAAACCUCGAUUUCCAUGAAUUUAACAACUUCUUGCAUCCAGAGGACAGCCAUGACAGAAAGAUUAAGAUAUGGUUGAUCAAGGACAAGAUUAAGCAGAUGGAUGGUGAUGGCGACGAAAGGCUCGAUUUCGACGAGUUUGCGAAACACGCUUACGACGUUUACAAGACUUACGUUGACUUUGAGAAGACCAGAGUCCCUACUGCUCAAGAAAAGUUUGCGGAUCUUGAUGUCGACCAUGACAAGUUCCUGACUGUGGAGGAAUUGCUGCCCAUACUUCCCUACCUGAAGCCUGGAGAGCUGACUUAUGCCAAAUUCUACACCCAUUAUUUGAUCGAUGCGGCUGAUGAGGAUGGAGAUGGUCAUUUGAACUUGCAAGAAAUGAUUGACCAUGAAACUAUAUUUUACACCACCAUUUAUGAUAAUGUUUAUGAGGGUGAUUAUCAUGAUGAACUCUAAAAAUUAAAAUUAAUUUCAUUCUGUUCAAUCUCUCUCUCCCCCCUUUGUGUAAAACUUCUUACUUUGUCACACAGUUUUGGGUUAGAGGGUACAUAUUCCUUGUGUAUCUUUAGGAUAUAAUCCAAAUUUCUUAUAUGCAUUGUGUCUUUCCUAUCUAUCCUCGUGCUUAUAGAAGUCAAUAAUCCAAACAUAUAUCGUACUUUACAGAUGCAGGAAGUAUAAACGUACACAUAAUGAUAUAAACAAGGUUACAUAAACACAAAUAAUUUUUCUAAUCGAUACUUUCAAAUAUAUGUACAUGGAAGAUCUGUAUACAGAAAAGAUCGAUCUCAAUCAACGGAGUGUCAUAGACCUCUUGCACAUGUUUUUGGUUAAUCUCUAAACUAUAUAACAUCAUGUUUACACCAAAAUUUAACUUUGUACCACAUCGGUUAAAUACAAAAGAUUAAAUGGCUUUAUAAUGCCAACUUAAUUAUAACAGUUUAAAUCAAUUAAGUGGGCCACAUGGAUUGGAUCUUUGGGUCCAUAACCCCAUACCAUCAUGCGCGCCACUCUCUAUCUAUUCCCCAAUUCGUUAAAAAAAUUGGCUAAGUGUUGGAGCCACCCCCAUGAUGUGCCUAGGAGGUGACCACAUACCGCCACCCCCAUAACGUCGUGGUAAGGGGGUGGGUACUAUAUUGCCACCCCAUGAUGUGGUAAGGAAGGUGGCCACCAUAGGUGUAUGGGAGCCACCCCAUGACAUGCCGAGGGGGGUAUCAGAGAAGCCACCUACAUGGUGUAGUCCGGGGGGUCUCAACAUACACCCCCAUGGUAGAUACCACCCCCAUGAGGUGGUCAAGGGGGUCAUGGCACACGCCCCACAUGAUCAAUAUCCACCCCCCUAUGAUAUGGUCCGGGGGUCACCAACAUAUGCCCCCAUAGUAUGGCCAAGAGGCGGUUUCCCUACUCUCGUAAUGGCGAAGUAUUUUUGCCAUUGCUAACUCAUGUGAUUCAAUUUCCACCUAUAUGGGGGACGUAUUCUGCUUUCAUGCCUUAGUCAUUUUUUGCUCUACAGACAAACAAAGCUACGGAAGAAAUACCAAGAGCAGAGAGUGAGGACCAAGAGCAGGGGAUCAAGACUGAAGAGGGUGGCACAUCCACGUAAGAGUAACGUCGGAGCAGUUGAGAGGGUAACGUCACUCCACGUUAGCGAAGCAGUUUCUCGAGGCAGUUACUUCUGGUGGCUAUAAAUAGGAGGUGAAGAUGACGGAGAAAGGGUUCGCCAAAAAAUCACACCAUACAACACAAUGCCACCAACUUUUAUCCUUUUAUUUUUUCCUCUGCAAAUAUAGCCAUAGUCGUAUU